AACCCUAGAGACCUAGGGCUUCCUCCUUCCCCUACGACCACACCCGCCGCCGCGCCGCCGCAGCCGUCUCCGUCUCCGUCUCCGGCAACCAGACAAAAUGGUGAGAGUCAGCGUCCUCAAUGAUGCUCUGAAAACAAUGUACAAUGCUGAGAAACGUGGGAAGCGACAAGUGAUGAUCCGACCGUCAUCAAAAGUUAUCAUCAAAUUUCUCAUUGUGAUGCAAAAGCACGGAUAUAUUGGUGAAUUCGAGUUUGUGGAUGACCACCGCUCUGGCAAGAUUGUUGUUGAACUUAAUGGGCGCCUCAACAAGUGUGGCGUCAUCAGUCCACGCUUCGAUGUUGGCGUCAAGGAGAUUGAAUCAUGGACUGCCAGGCUGCUUCCCUCUAGACAGUUCGGGUACAUUGUCCUGACUACUUCAGCUGGCAUUAUGGACCAUGAGGAGGCUCGCAGAAAGAACGUUGGUGGGAAGGUCCUUGGUUUCUUCUACUGAAAGAGACUCUACGGGGUUUUCGUAUACAGUAGAUGGAUUCUCCCAGUGAGUGUUAGUGGAAGAGCAUUUUAUUAGCAGUCGAGUCAAAACCUUGUUAAGAUGAUCUGCGAUGUCUGAAUUGCCCUUUAAUGCCUUGUGCUUUCUUUUUGUGACUUAAGUAAGCUGCUGUAUUGCUCCUUGGAUGCAACAUGACUUUUUUUUAUGUCUUGAGUUAUUACUGAAAAUUCCUGGAA